AUCCUGCACCUAUGUCUAUUUCCGCAUUCCUUUCUUUACUUUUCCUCCAAAAUGGACAGCUCCAUCCCUGUUUUCGAGAAGCCCCACCCUCGUUUGAGCGUUCUAGACUGGACUAGGAAUAUUCAAAGGCUUCAAAAUGAGGCUAGAUUGCGUCGGUUCGAAUCUUACGAAUUACGACAGAGAGCUAACCAGCUGCGGAAUGAAACGUGUGUUACUACUAGAUGGGAUAACUAUGUGAACAAUGAGCUAUUACGGGAUAGAAUAUUCGAAGUUGAAUCCUGGAGAGAGAAGCAGAGGUUUACACGGGAAGCAGUCAGAGACGAGAUCAGAGCCCUCAAGGAAGAAAAACACGCGACAGAACUGCAUUUGGAGUCCUUACAAGUGCCCCUGAUGGUGUCCUCGCAGUGCCUCUCUAAUAGGGACCAGAGAGUGCCCCCUGAGUUGACCAGGGACCAGCUUGGGGAAGAGCUUAAUAGAGUAAGAUCUUUGUAA